AUGCAGGGCCGACGGCCGAAGCAGGAGGAUCGACAUGUGAAGAUUCCUGACCUGACAAAGGCCGCAAAGGCGCUGAAGAUGCCGAUCAAUCACCUUCCGCAGCCUUGCGCAUUCUUCUCCGUUUACGACGGACACCAGGGGCACCAGUGCGCCGAGUUCGUCGCAAAGGGCUUCCAUGUGAAGCUGCUGAAGCGGUUGUCAUCUGACACGAACACCGCAUCCUGGGACGAGACGCGGAUUAGUGAUGCCCUGAGGGAAGUCUGCGAGGAGUUGGAUACAGAGUUUCUGGCAAAGUUCCGGACCUCGCCGGAUGGAACCACACUUGUUGUGGCGCUCAUCGUCGGCACUAAGCUUUUCACGGCUUGGGUGGGAGACUCGAGGCUGGUGCUUUGUCAGAGGUCGCAGCUCCAACAGAUGUUGGCGAAAUCCCUCACGGAGGAUCAUCGGCCGAACUUAGAGGCUGAGGCUCAGAGGGUCAAAGAUGCUGGUGGCCUCGUCUUGGACUUCGGGAUGGGCGUGUACAGAGUCGCUCACGACGGCUACGAGGAGAAGAUGCGGGAAAUCCGGCGACAGCAAGUGCUCGGCAUGGGGUUUGCCGGGAAGGAGCCGGUGGCAUUGGCCGUGUCUCGAGCCAUUGGCGACCGUGACUUCAAGGCAGUGACGGGCAAGGGGCUCCUGGUAGCCACGCCCGACGUCAGAUGUGUUGAGCUGGAUAGGACACACAUGUUCAUGGCGCUGAUGUGCGAUGGCAUCACAGACGUCAUGCAAGACGAUGAGAUCUGCGCAGAGCUGGAGAUGCGCAGACCGGGCCCUCCCGAUCCGGUGAAGCGCUGUCGAAUAGCGUGCGGCGCACUGGUGCAGGAAGCCUACAAACGUGGCAGUGAGGACAACCUGACGGUCAUCUUCGUGCGAUUCCAGUGGCAAGGUGGUUACGAAGAGGCACCGCUGCCCGCGGACCACCCGUUGGCCAAGGCCAUGAUCGAGGCCGCUUCCAAAGGCGUGUCAGCCGCUGCCGCCUCCAAAAAGAGGCGUCAAGAAGCCGCUGCGUCUGUGAAGCGGCAGAAGGUAGAUGCCUACGAGCGCGCCAUCGCGCAGCAAAGCCGAGAGGCUUCCGAAGCAAACGGUGCCAAGGCCAAGGAGGAAGCCAAGGCCGCGGAAGCGACACCAGCGCCCGACAAGGAGGAGAAGCAAGAGAAGCAAGAGAAGGAUGCAAAGGCCGCAGAAGAAGACGAGGACGAAGGUUUGACCUUCUUGUGA